AUGCGGCCAUACCUUCUGCUGCCGCUCAGUUCCAUCGCCACGGCGUCUGUCCUCUAUGCCACCCACUACAGUGGCACCGUGUUUACUCUGUCCCUCGAUGAAUCCCCCACGGGGUACAACCUCUCUAUCGCCCACAGUGGGACUCUUUGCGGUAAAUAUCCCAGCUGGCUGACCUACGACGCCACCUCCAACCUCAUCUUCUGCUCCGAUGAGGACGGCGGCAACACCAACAACGGCUCCCUGUCGGCCCUGGCCAUCGCCGACGACGGCAGUCUGUCGGAACAGGCCAAGACAACCGCUCCGGGCAGCGGCGUUCACAAUGUGGUCUACGAGGGCGACCAGGGCGAGAGAUAUCUCGCCGUUGCGCACUACAGCGGAUCCGCUGUCUCGACCUACCGGCUGCCCCUGCAGUCGGACGACCCUCCCCUUCAGGUCUUCCGCUAUAAACUGGCCCAGCCAGGCCCAAAGCCACAGCAAGACGCACCCCACCCGCACGAGGUGAUCCUCGAUCCCACGGGAUCGUUCAUCCUGGUCCCCGACCUGGGCGCCGACCAGGUCCGCGUUUACGCCAUUGACAAACCGACCGGCCACCUCAACGCGUGUCCUGCCAUCAACGUCACCGCCGGCGACGGUCCGCGCCACGGAGUCUUCGACCGCUCUCCAACCGGCCUGACCACGCUGUACAUCAAUACUGAACUCGGCGGGCAUGUCGCCAGCUACGCUGUGUCGUACCCGACCACCGGAGGCUGUCCGUCGUUCCGGCAGCGACAGAAACUCGUGGCUUACCCCGACGGGACGAUGCCGGAGGGGGCGUCGUUGGCAGAGAUCCGGCUGGCUGGCGACGAAGUCUAUGUGUCAGUGCGGUCGGAUCAGGGGUUCGCGCCGAACGACUCGAUGGUGACGCUGGACCGGACGGCGAAUGGGACGCUGGCGAUGCGAGAGUCGACCUCGUCGUAUGGGACGGUCCCGCGCACGUUUGCGCUCAAUGCGGCCGGCGACCUGGUGGCGAUCGCCAACCAGGCGUCCUCGACGCUGGCAGUGGUGAAGCGCGACGUCGCAACGGGAGCGCUGGGCGAAGAGGUGGCGCAUCUGCAGGUUGGGGAGCCCGGGCCGGUGGGCACCCUAACAGGGUUGAGCAGUGUGAUCUGGCUCGAGUAA